CGCUUCCAUACUUUCAUCAUGAAUGCACCAUAUGUAUGCUAUGUUAUGUACAUCAUUGGGGUCACUUCCAAAGCUUGAGGAAAUGGCUCGGACACUCACUUGAAUUCGUGACUCGGCUAGGCAGUCGACUCACUCCUCGCGAUAGUGGGAGGGUAUACUCUAUCCUUGAGCCGCGAACCCUGAUUGCGAGGGCCACCAAACAAAGCUUCGAUAGCAGCGCAGCAGACAUACAUACCUACACGCCAGGCGGGAGCGCAGGGCGCUCUCAUGUCGAGCAAUGGCAUCGAUACCGACGGGAGCGCUUCGCCAAUUCCCCUCCUCGUCCUCUUCACCGAGCGGUAGCAAAGACACAGUAGCUGCAGGGACUGUGCAAGAGACUGUGGACGCAGCAGCCACCUCUCCCAGCACACCUUCAGCAAAUCAAACAGGGACGAGUUGCGGCAUCUUGCACCACACUCGGACCAGCCCUGUCUCAGUGCAAGUGAACUCGGCCUUGUCCCAGUCGCCCACCGAAAGUGUGGCCAAAGGUAAGGGAAAAGGCAAAGGCAGGAGGUUGAGCUUCGGCAAUAGUAGCAGGAAACACACGCCAAAUCAUACGCAUGAUGGGUGGGAAGGGAUGGAUAGGGACUUGGCACCUCGAUUGAGGCUUGAUGGGGUGGAGGGAGGGGGCCAAGCUUGGUCCAUUGCGCGAGGCGAGAGCGAUAUCGCGGACAUCAUCCCUCAUCACUAUCAGGCUCUGGACCUUGACCUCGGCGCUUCGAACGCAGUAGAACCAAAUGCUGCGGCCAAUUCGCGCUCUUACGAUCAAGCACUGGCGCACCGUUCGAGCCCGCCAUGCGCAGCGCGCUCCUUGUACGCCCCUCCGGGCGAAAGUCCGUUGAGAAGGAGGAGAUAUUCAAAUACACGUCGAAUGGUCGAUAUGGAUGAUCGUGCAGUGGAACAAGCCUACGAGCUGAGCAAUACCGCAACACAGACGAGCAGGCAGCGUCAAGCGUCCAAUUCGUCCGCUUAUCCCCCAAGCUUUGCCGAAUCUCAGUUCGCUACCAUCAUACGCAGACAGCGCAAACGCAGAAUUUUCUCGCCUACUUUUGAGAGAUUGGAGAGCGGAGAUGCGGUGGUGGGCGAGGAGGAAGUGGCACAAGGCGAAGCUUGCGCCGUGCAGCGCAAAGGAAGACGUCUUAGUGGCGGCCGCAGCCGCAGGCGAGGGCACUCUGCGGCGAACAGGUCGGCCGCAGCUCACUUUGAUGGCAAGGAGAAGCACCAUCAUCGUCGUCAUUCGAACGGUACUUACCCUGUCGAGCAGUGUGCGGAUCCUGGCGCGUGCGACUCUUUCCACGUUGACGAUGCGCUCGAUUCAGGCUCGUCGGAUUGGGAGUUUGCAGGAUGGGGCAGCAUGUCUAUGCUCGUCUUCAACCAGACUGAGCUGGAUUCUGCCAAGCACAAAGUGCUCCGUCGACCGGUCGCGAUGCUUGGGCAAUGGCGCGCGUUCGCACUAGCAGGCAACGCCGUGACGGGAAGUGCCUUCUACUCUCUUCCUGCCGUGUUGGCCGUGAGCGGCGCAUUGAGUCCGAUCGGCAUGGCCCUCGCUGCGCUGCUGCUUUGGCCUUUCAGACCCAUCCUCGUCGAAUUGGCUAGCGCACUCGGAGGCUCGGAUGCGGGAAACUUUACCUACCUUACAAACUCUACCAGUGGAGCUACACUCUUUCCGCUACUUGCUGCCGCUUUCAAUCUCUUGGACGCGCUAGCUACGGGCGCGGUGAGCGCUGCAACAGCUGCAAGCUAUAUUUCUGCGGAAACCGCUUCGACGACGACGACGACGACGCAUGUGGAUAUGAAAUUGAUCAGCGUGCUACUCAUACUGGCAACAUCCAUCAUCUGUCUAAUGGGAAUCAAGGACAGUUCCAAAGUUGCACUUGGCAUGAUCUCUUUGCACCUCGUCACCAUGCUCAUCCUAAUCAUCGCUGGACUCAUCAGCUGGAUCAGAAUGGGCAAUGUGCAACUACGUUCCAACUGGGUCGAUUUUUUCCAUGGAGAUGCAGUCUCUACCGUAAGCAGACGCACAUUGACGCGACGCAGCAGCGGCAGCGAAAAGAGUGCAGUGAGAAUCGUCUUUGAUGCUACUUGCUUGGCUUUUGUUGGCCUGACGGGCGUGGAGACCACUCCGGCGUAUGUGGCGUCGGUCAAGAGAGGCAGCUUUGAAAAAGCUCUGAGGAACUUGCACAUAUCUAUCCUUACCGAGCCUAUGCUUGCCUUGCUCAUCGUGGCUGUCAUGCCCCUCUCAUCAUCCAUCGGCACGCCCAACAUUCUAGCCAGUCUGGCUCAAAACAGUACGGGAGCAUGGUUGCGAUACUUGGUAUUGACCGAUGCCUGUAUAGUGCUCAGCGGAGGCAUCAUCACGGGCGUAGUAGCUUUGUGCGGCACAGUGGAAGCUUUGGUCUCGAGCAAGGUCUUGCCGGGAUUUUUGUCCUGGACUUUGCCGCGAACGGCAACGAUGGCUAACGCUGUACUGCUCUUUGCGGCGUUGACCAUGUGUAUGUGCGCUACGGCUCGCUUUGACUUGACGGUGCUUAGCGGCGUUUUCUCUAUGGUCUUCCUGUGCGUCCUUACGUGCUUUCCUAUCUCCUUGCUCUGCAUCCUCCAUUCUCGACGCACUCUGCCUCGCGAACGCAAAGCUUCGAUGCUCGUCAUUGUGACAUCGCUUUGCAUUGGACUUGUUGCUAUAGCAGGCAAUGCGGCUCUAGCACCCGUCACAUUGGCUCAAAUGGUAGCGUACACAGCAGUCAUACUCUUCGUCCUGCUCGCUCUGCAUUAUCGCAUCGCGCUGGUCAAGAUGUUCCUCUGGACCAUCGCACAGGAAUGGACGCUUUGGAACAGAAGUUCGAGGAUCAGAAAGAACGCUAAGAGCAAAGAUGGACUCAAUCGAUCUUCCGCUUGGAGGAAGAGCAUCAUGGAGUGGAUCAGAAAGAAUAGGUCGGACGUCGUAGUGUAUUUCACAAAGACGGACGAAAUUUCCACCUUGGUCAGGGUGCUCAGCUAUAUCCAUGAGCACGAACCGGCUUGUUCUCGCGUCAUUCUCGUACACUGUUUCGACCGCGUUUUGCAUAUUCCAUCGGAGCUCGAAGCCAAUAGUCAAUUGGUGGAUGAAAGCUUUCCAACCAUCACCGUCGACCUGAUCUUUGUCCAAGCAGAAUUUACUCCAAUCGUCGUGCAGGCUUUAUCGGACAGGUUGGGAAUGCCUACUAGCAGAAUGUUCAUCUCUUGUCCCUCUGGCUCAGGUAUCAUUCAGCAGGCAGAUUGCUCUUCAAACGUGUCUCCCUCGAGCACACCGAGCACGAGCGCCGCGAACCUUUCUUCUCACUUUGAGCUGCCAGAAUUUGGAGGUUUGCGCAUCAUUACCAGCCACUGACACCGCCAGACGCGACGUCUGACCACGUCUGUUUCGCACCAGCAGCCACGCACACUUGCAAAUCCACCCCCAUCGCUGCAACGUCGCUGGAAUUGACCAGUCACCCACGUUAUCUGCUACAUCUUGGUCGACAUUGCAAUGCAUGCCAUGUACU